GGGGUGCCCUGAAACCUGUGUCCCCUCGGGCGGGGGUGACACCCAGGGGUGGCACCCGAAUUCCAGGGUGCCCUGAGACACCUGAGUCCCCCGGGUGAAGACAGGAGGAGACACUGGGGGUGACACCCGAAUUCUGGGGUGUCCUGGGACACCUGAGUCCCGCAGACAAAGAGGUGACACCCUGAGGUGCCACCCAAAUCCGGGGGGCCCCGAGCCCCCCGUGUCCCCCGGGUGAGGGCAGAGGUGACACCCUGGGGUGCCCCGAGGCCCCGGUGCCCCCCGGGCAGGGCGGGGGUGGCCCGGGAGCCGCUGGAGCCGAAGGGCCCCGCCCGGGCGAUGCCCGGGGGAGCGGGCGGGGGUUGGGGAGGGGGAGGGCGGGCUCUGUGUCCCCGUGUCCCCCCCGUGGGACCGGCCCGGGGGAGCGCGGAGGUGCCACUCGCGGGUCCGUCCCGUGCCUGCGGCGGGGGCGGCACCGGCAGAGCCCGGACCGGGACAGAGCCUCCCCCCCAUGGUGGACACGGGGGACAGGGGGCGGCGCAGCCCCCCCAGGCUGGUACAGCACCGGCGGGACCUGGAGGAGGAGCUGCGGGACCUCAGCAACCAGGUGGCGGCGCUGGGGCGGAGCCUGGCAGCAGAGAGAGGGCGUGGCCUGGUGGAGGGCGGGGCCCUGCGUGCACUGGAGAUCGCUGUGGGUGGGGCCCAGGCCCGGAUGGGCGGGGCCUGCAGGGCCAGGGACCGGGCCAAUGAGAGACUGCGGCUGCAGCAGGAGGCGGGGCAGCUGCUGUGGGCGGAGCUCCAGGCUGCCCGUGCUGCCCGUGCAGGGGCGGAGCUUCGGGCGCAGGAGGCGGAGUCGCAGUGCCGGGAACGGGGGGAGGAGCUUCAGCGGCUGCGAGAGGCCGUGGAGGAGGCUCGGCAGUGCCGGCGCCAGGCGGAGCAGGAGCGGGACCGAGCGGCCGCUCAGGUGGGACACGGCCCCCGACACAGUCCCCCCCCCGCUGACCCCGAGGGGCUGCAGGCGGCGCUGGAGGAGCUGCGGGAGCACAACCGGGGGCUGCGGGACCACCUGGGACAGCGGCUGGGACAGGUGCAGGAGCUGCGUGAGGCGCUGUCCCUCGCGGGGCAGCGGGCGCGGGAGGCCCAGGGUGCCCAGGCCCGGCUGGCGCGGGAGCAGCGGGAGCUGCAGGAGCGGCUCCUGCGCCCCCCGGUGCCCCCCACGCCCCCCGAGAGCACCCUGAGGAGCCGCUGCCUCCACCUGCAGGAGCUGCUGCGCAGGGAGGAAGGGACCCGGCUGUCCCUGUCGCGGGCCGCACGUGUCACCGGCCGGCGCCUGCGGGCUCUGGUGGCCGAGGUGGAGGAGCAGCGGCUGCGGGGGGAGAGAUACCGGCUGCAGGCCCGUGCCAGCGAGGUGGCCGCAGGGCUGGUGGCGGCGCAGGUGGCGGCGGUGGCGGCGGGCACGGCGCGGGCGCUGGCCCAGGGCCACGUCCUGCGCCGGCAGCUCGACCACGUCGGCGAUGGCACCGCGGCCACGGCGCGGAGCGUGGCCGUGCUCAGGGCCCGGCUCAGGUGCGACCCCCUGACCGUGUCCCGCACGGUGCGGCGGAUGCUGCGGGGGGGCGACAGCGGCGACAGCGGCGACAGUGGCGACAGCGGCGACAGCGACACCCCCCCCGCCACCCCCGGCACCCCCCCGCACAGCCCCGGGCCCUGGGGGGGGCUCGGACCCGCCCCCAGCGCUGCGGGAGCCCCUCGAACCCCCCCUUGAGACCCCCCUUGAAU